AUGGAACGAGAUGGUAACCUCGGGCGGGUAUACGAGAGACUCGUUAAAGUGGUCCAAGAAAUCGAGAAGAAAUUGGAAUUCCUGCGGCAUCGGAGACUCGGCUUCCUUACAUUCUGCCCUGCGAAUCUUGGCACAGCCAUCCGAGCCUCCGUGCACGUUCGCCUGCCAAAAUUGAGCGCGGAUUAUCAAAGAUUCGAUGAGAUCGGCCGCGCACGGUCUUCAGCGAGUGAGUGCCAUGAAAGAGCCGCGACGACGAAGGAGGAGAGGAGGAGGAGUGGAGGAGGAGAGGAGGCGGAGGCCCGGGACGGCAUCGGGCGACGGCGGAGCGAUGAUGGAUCACAAACUCCGCUGCUGCGCAUCAUAAAGUGGUGA